AUGAUCAACAACAAAGCUGCGCUGCUGUUUGCAGCCUAUGCUGGAGUGAGUGGUGUUGCGGCACAGCAACAGACCACCUGGGGACAAUGUGGAGGACAAGGCUAUUCAGGCCCGACAAAUUGUGUUUCUGGAGCAGCUUGCUCAACAAUAAACUCUUACUAUGCUCAAUGUGUCCCUGCUACCGGCAUAAUCACCAGCACCACCACCAGAGCUACAUCAGCUACAUCAACGCUAAAAUCAACCACAGCAUCGGCAUCAACCACGCCUCCGCCAUCCAAUGGCUCAGGUACCCAGUUUGCCGGUAUCAACAUUGCAGGAUUCGACUUUAGUUGCUCCACUGACGGAACUUGCAAUGUGAGCGGUGCCUACCCGCCGCUGAAGAACUACGACGGCGCAAACAACUAUCCAGAUGGCGUUGGGCAGAUGCAGCAUUUCGUCAAAGACGACGGAUUCAACAUCUUCCGUCUUCCUGUUGGUUGGCAGUAUUUAGUCAAUGGUACUCUUGGUGCUACUCUCAACCCUACAAACUUGGGCUAUUACGAUCAACUUGUUCAAGGAUGCUUGGCCACGGGUGCAUACUGCAUCAUUGACAUUCACAACUAUGCCCGCUGGAACACUGGAAUUAUUGGCCAAGGCGGUCCUACAAACGCCCAGUUUGUUAACCUUUGGACCCAACUAGCUACCAAAUACGCCUCCGAGUCGAAGAUUUGGUUCGGUGUCAUGAAUGAGCCACACGAUGUUAACAUCACCACCUGGGCCGCCACCGUGCAACUUGUUGUUACUGCGAUUCGCAAUGCGGGCGCUACCUCACAGUAUAUUUCACUCCCUGGUACUGACUGGCAAUCUGCUGGAAGCAUCAUUUCUGAUGGUGGUGCGGCGGCUCUGGGUGCCAUCACCAACCCUGAUGGCUCAAAGACCAACCUCAUCUUUGAUGUGCACAAGUACUUGGAUUCCGAUAACUCUGGCACCAACUCGAUUUGUGUAACGGACAAUGUCGCUUCCGCAUUUGCGCCACUGGCUACCUGGCUUCGUUCGAAUAACCGCAAGGCCAUUUUGACUGAGACCGGUGGUGGCAAUACUCCAUCGUGUGAACAGUAUCUCUGCCAGCAGAUCCAGUACCUUAACCAGAACGCUGAUGUUUACCUGGGAUACGUUGGCUGGGCUGCGGGUUCGUUUGAUCCCGGCUACCCAUUGGCAGAGACACCGGUCCAGAAUGCAGACGGCAGCUGGACUGAUUCGGCUUUGGUGGCACUUUGCCUUGCUCGAUGA